AGGGGAGCAAAGUGGGUAGGGACAACCGAAGCGGGGGCCGAGGCGUUGGAGUUGGACAGGCAUGGGCUGGGGCUCGGACCGGGCCUUGGGCUCGCCGGGCCCUGGGACAGCCCGCUGGCCCCCGGGACUCCUCCUCCUCCUCUUCCUUCCGCUGGGGACCGGGACCCGGGUCCGAGAGCCUAGAGGACUUCCCCUUGGAGAGCCAGUCACCCCCCAUUGGGUGCUGGGCAGCCGGAGCCGUCGGGAGAUCACCACAGAAGAGACGAUCAGAAGUCCGGAUGAGGCCUUAUUGUCAGUGAGGGCCGAAGGCAAGGAACUUCUCCUCUCCCUGAAGAAAAACCGCUGGCUGCUGGCUCAGGGUUACACAGAAACCCACUAUGCUCCAGAUGGGCAGCCGGUGACUUUGGCUCCCAACCAUACGGACCACUGCUACUACCAUGGCCACGUGCAAGGAUUCCCUGACUCCUGGGUGGCCCUCAGCUCCUGCUCCGGGAUCAGCGGGCUGAUAGUACUCAGCCCCAACAGCAGCUACUACGUGCAACCUCCACGGAGUCCAGCGUUUGGUCCUCCUGGCCCCCACCGCCUCUUCCGGACCGAGCAGCUGCCCAGCGAGGAUGGGACUUGUGGUCACGGGCUACCUGGCACCUUAAGCCUGUCACGCAUCCUCCGCCGAAAACGGGCCCCUAGGGUGAGACGCGACUCGAAGCGGGCCCUGAAGUACCUGGAGCUGUUCAUCGUGGCAGAUCACGCUUUGUAUCUUCGACAGCAGAGGGAUCUGGGUCGCACCAAGCAGCGACUCCUAGAGAUAGCCAACUACGUGGACAAGUUUUACAGGUCCCUCAACAUCAAGGUGGCGCUGACUGGCCUGGAGGUGUGGACGGAACGAGACCAGAGUCGCGUCACGGGAGAUGCCAACGCCACCCUCUGGGCCUUCCUGCAGUGGCGCCGGGGGCUACGGUCCCGGCGGCCCCACGACACCGCCCAGCUCCUCACGGGUCGCACUUUUCAGGGCACCACCAUUGGCAUGGCGCCCUUGGAGGGCAUGUGUAGCGCCGAUAACUCCGGGGGAGUGAGUGCGGACCACUCAGAGUUGCCCAUUGGCGCAGCGGCCACCAUGGCCCAUGAGAUUGGCCACAGUUUUGGGAUGAGCCACGAUGAAGACGGCUGCUGUUCAGAGGCCUUGCCGGAGGAGGGAGGUUGUGUGAUGGCCGCAGCUACCGGACACCCGUUUCCCCGCGUGUUCAGCACCUGCAGCCGCCAGCAGCUCCUCCACUUCUUCCAAAAAGGAGGCGGGAUGUGCCUCUUCAACCCUCCGGACCCUCGAUUGCUGGUGUUGGGAGGCCGCUGUGGGAAUGGCUUCUUGGAAGACGGGGAGGAGUGUGAUUGUGGGGACGUUGGGGAGUGCACUGACCCCUGUUGCCAUGCCCACAACUGUACACUUCGAGAGGGAGUCCAGUGUGCCCAAGGGGACUGCUGUGCCCAUUGCUCGCUGAAACCAGCAGGGACAUUGUGCCGAGAAAGAGCUGGGGACUGUGACCUUCCUGAGUUCUGCACCGGAACCUCUCCCCACUGUCCAGCCAAUGUCUACCUCCUCGAUGGCUCCCCUUGUGCAGGGGGCACCGCCUACUGCCGAGAUGGCAUGUGUCCCACCCAUGAGGGGCAAUGCCAACAGCUCUGGGGGCCUGGUGCCCACCCAGCCCCUGAUGCCUGUUUCCAGGAUGUAAACUCAGCCGGGGAUCCCUAUGGGAACUGUGGUCAGGACAGUGAAGGCCACUAUGUCCCGUGUAAUAGGAGGGAUGCCAAGUGUGGGAAGCUUCAGUGCCAGAGUGGGGCAGACAAGCCCCGGGGACCACACACCGUUUCCAUGGAGACCACCAUCCGUCUGGGGGGCAGAGAGGUGACAUGCCGAGGAGCCUUCAUGUACCGUGUACCCCGACCUGACUCCUCUGCUGACUUGCCAGACCCUGGUCUUGUGCUGCCUGGUACUAAGUGUGGAGAUGGCAUGGUGUGUCACGAUCGGAGAUGCCAGAAUGCGUCCUUCCCCGACCUUCAGAGGUGCCUGGACACAUGCCAUGGCCAUGGGGUCUGUAACAGCAAUAGGAACUGCCACUGUGACCCAGGCUGGGACCCCCCAACCUGUGAGAAGCCAGGGCUGGGGGGCAGUGUGGAUAGUGGUCCCGUGCAGUAUGACAGCCAUGAUGCUGUUCUGCAGGCCCUGCUCCUUGUAUUGAUGCUAUUCCUGCUUCCCAGUGCUGGGUUGGCUCUCUACUACUAUCGUUUCCCAAACUCCCUGUUGCACCAGGGCCUUCAAGGGCUGAGGAAAGGACAAGAGAGCUGCCGGUACCGAUCGAGGGCCACCAGAAGUUCCAGGAGCGGAGCCCAAUCGGGCUUAACUUUGCAGAACCUACCCCUACGCCAGCCUAAUCGCCCAGCUCCAGGAGUAUCGCAGCAGGGUGCGCGGGGGCCUCUCUCCCCGAAACCAGGACCCUCCCAGCCAAUCAACGUGGUUCGCCCCCUGCGCCCCAACCCUCCCAAACCCCGCGAUUCCCGCCCGGCACGCCCGCCACCACCCCUGAGUCAGUCCCCGAGACCGGGCUUUCCCCAAAGGGUCCCGGGGGAUAAAGGGGACCGAGAAGAUGGGACCCGCCGCCUGCUGCCCCCCAAGAGACCCCUUCCCGUCAGCCCGGCGCGGGGCACUAAGACCCAACUAAAGAAGGAUCCCCCGAGCCGACCCCUGCCCGGGGAUCCCGUCCUGGUCAAACAGCCGCCGCGAGGUCCCCGCCUUCUGGUCAUGGUGCAGCCCAGUCCCGCUCGGUCUCCUAGACCUGGCCCCGGGAAAGGCUCUCUAACUUUUAAGAAAUGACUGAACCAGGUCCUCCCAGGAACUGCUGUCCUGAGGGCAUGGGCACAAGACCCUGCCCUUCCCAGGUGUGGGGGACCGUUGGGGACCGCCAUCAACACCUCCCUUCGUGCCUCAGUUUCUCCACCUGAGACGACCUUGCAGAUCCACGUCUUGGCCUGGGGAGAAGAUGCCUGGGCACUGGGCAGGGAGGAGGACAAGAGCAACAGGUUCCUCACCACCCCUGCCUCGCCCUUCCUUCCGCUUGGGUCACCUGAGGCAGGUCACCCUCUCUUGGUCCUGGGUCUGAGGGACUGAACCAUACUUGUCACCAACCUACCUCAGAAAUGGCCCGGUGCCAGCCCAGUGCCAGACAGAUGGAGAGGACUGGGAGGAGCUUGGGUGUGGAGUAGGGUGGGGGGGGGCUUUAAGGAGACACUGGUGUUUGAAACACAGACGUUUACAUGGAUUUGGCUCUGUUUUCCCUUUUUGCCAUCGACUAGAACUGUGGGAGGAAAAGCUAAAACUAUAAGAUUUUCCUGCGGUCGUUCUAAAUUUGGGCCUUGGUUUCCCCACUUGUUCACUUAGAAAAUAACCCGUUCUCUUCUCUCUCGGAUGGAAGUCGGGAAGAGGGCAAAGAGAGGGGAGUUUACACCAAGCCAGACCAGCAGAGGGCGAUGAGGACCUACUGUGCACAUCUAUGUCAGAUUACGUUACAGAGCUUGGAGGAAUCAUUUAGAAAUUUGGCAGAGGAAUUAAAACCCAGCAAAGGGUAGGACUUACUCAAGAUUGCCCAGUUAAUAAAUAGCAGAACUGGAAUUCAA